AGUGCCCCGUCAACAACGAAUCGGAGCGGAUCCGCGAUACGCGUCAAUAAAAUUUCGUAUAAUUUUUGACAGUUUGUGUAUUAAUUUGACGUUUAGUGAUACUAAAUAUAAGUGAUAUUCGUUAAUAUUUUACGUAAAUUGUUGAAGAGAAAAUUCGUCAUGAACGAUCUGGAUACUAAAACAAACAAAUGAAGCUUGAAAACAAAUAAACCUCUCGAUUAAAUUAAUUAUAACAAAAAAAGUUUUAAAUAAAUGAAGUGCACGUCGUUUUGUGUAUAAACCAAAAUGUGUUGGGGGUGUUGUUAAAGCCACCGAGGUUCGAAUUCAAAGAUGGAUUGGUCAGCUAUUAUCCGAGGGAUAAUUUUCUGGAUGAGUUUUCAUAUAACCGAAGGUUACCAUCACGCUGGUCACCAACCGCCCCGUAUCACGGAACAUCCCGUGGAUACAACGGUAGCUCGUCACGAUCCGGCAACGUUGAAUUGCAACGCUCAAGGCGAUCCCGAACCUUCGAUCACGUGGUACAAAGAUGGUCAGGUAUUGAGAACUGCCCCGCAGGACGCGAGAUCGCACAGAGUUUUAUUACCAGCGGGAAGUUUGUUUUUUCUAAGGGUUGCUCAAAGUAGAAAGGAAACGGACGCCGGGACGUAUUGGUGUGAGGCUAGUAACAUUUUAGGGAAAACUAGAAGUCGAAAUGCUACACUCACCGUUGCCGUUUUACGAGAUGAGUUCCGUUUCGAGCCGCAGAGCUCGAGAGUGGCGGCCGGAGAAGACAUCGUCUUGGAAUGUUCGCCUCCAAAGGGUGUACCAGAACCGCAAGUUUCAUGGAGAAAAGACGGAGAAACGUUAACGGUAGAAGGAAGACUCAAAUUAGUCGACGGUUACAAUUUGGCCAUAACCGAUACGAAAACUACAGACGACGGAAAGUAUCAGUGCGUUGCCAAGAACACUGCCGGCGUUAGGGAAUCCACUGCGGCCGUUUUAAAAGUUUACGUUAAACCGUUCAUGAUAAGACCGCCGGAAGACGUAACCGCCUUGGUGGGAUCGACAGUUGAAUUUACGUGCGCUACUGGAGGAGAUCCAAUUCCCGACGUGCUUUGGAGGAGAACUUCACCAGGUGGAACGAUGCCUUUGGGUAGAGUAAGAGUAUUAGAAGAUAGGACGCUUCGUCUCGAGCAGGUCAUACUGUCAGAUCAAGGAAGAUAUUACUGCGACGCCGAUAAUUUCGCUGGAGCCAUAACGGCAUCGGCCGUUUUGACCGUAUACGCCCCGCCUACCUUCACCAUUAAACCGCAAGCGCAAGCCGUCGAAGCCGGUCGCGACGUCACCUUCCACUGCGCCGUCCGCGGUAGCCCACCCCCAUUUGUAUUUUGGUCAUUCGAAGGUGACAGAUCUUUAAUCUACACCGGAAGCAAAACCGGAAACUACGAAGCCUUCACCACCGAUCAAGGUUCUUCUACUUUAUCACUAAAAGAAGCGCAAGUUCAAGAUUCCGGCACCGUCGUUAUAUGCGCCGCGGUAAACGCCGCGGGUUCCGUAUCCUCGAGGACGCGACUCACGGUAACAUCCAAAGAAGACAGACCGCCUCCUAUUAUAAUAACAGGACCCGGCAAUCAAACUCUACCUAUAGAUUCGGUGGCUUAUAUGUCCUGCGAAGCCGACGGUAAUCCCGAACCAGUUAUAUCCUGGUACAAAGAAGGAAUACCGGUAACCCCUUCAACUCGAAUUAACAUGUCAAAUCCUAAUCAUUUAGAAUUAUACGGUUUGCGAAAAGAAGAUUCCGGAUCUUAUACGUGCGUCGCUUCGUCUAAAAGCGGUAAAUCCACUUGGACUGGAUAUUUAUUAGUAGAAAAUCCUAAAAAUCCUAAUAUAAAUUUUUUCAAAGCUCCCGAGGUUAUAAUGUUACCUGGAGCUCCUAGUAGACCGCAUCCUCUUAACCAAUCUGAAGAUAGCGUCACUAUAACGUGGAGUCAAAAUAACAAAAUCGGUUCUUCGAGUUUAUUGGGAUACCAAAUCGAAUUGUUCGGUAAAGAAGAAGGCGUAACCCCGACUUGGACUGUGGUAGGUCGUAGAAUAACAAAUUUAUCGUUUACUCAACAUCUUUUAUCACCUGGAGUUGCUUAUAGUUUUUUGAUACGCGCCGAAAACGCUCACGGGAUCGGUCCGCCUUCGCAAUUAUCCGAACCGGUGGUUGUAGGAGCGGAUUCUUCGCGAAAUUGGGGUAAUCCCGAGGUAACUGAACUCAGCGAAGCUAGAGCUAAUCUCGUUACCGCUAGCGUAGCUAAACUUACCGAUGCUAUACCGCUAUCUUCGACUUCUAUUAAACUAAUGUGGUUGAUAAAUGAUUCUACGUACAUUGAAGGGUUGUAUAUUUAUUUUAUAACUUUAGAUAUAGAAGAAAACAAACCGAAAACUUAUAGUAUGUUGACCGUUUUACAUACCGUUGGAACGUCGAGUUUUUCCGUUAAUAAUUUGGAUAAAUGGGCGAGAUACGAAUUUUUUUUAGUGCCGUUUUUCAAAACUGUCGAAGGACUUCCUUCGAAUUCUAUAAUAACCAGAACGCUCGAAGAUGUACCGACGGAAGCUCCGUCUCAAAUGGAAGCCAUUUUGUUAAAUUCGACGGCUGUUUAUCUAAAAUGGAAACCACCUCCUGCUGUUACUCUCAACGGCGAACUUCAAGGUUACAAAGUCGAAAUAAAAACUAACGGUAGCGAUCAAAUGAAAGUGAUGAGCGUCGGCAAAAAAUCUCCUAAUCUUCUAUUGGGCAGUUUGAGUCCUGGAGUUUCGUAUUUUGUUAGAGUAGCUGCUUUGACUAGGAUCGGUUUGGGUCCUUAUAAUUCUCCUGCGACUUUACGACUCGAACCCACUGCUAGGAUUUCGGACAAUAAUUUUCAAAGACCAAUAGGUGCGGACUUACAAUCUGGAGAUUUCAUAACAGAAACAUGGUUCAUGGCUCUUUUAAUCAGCAUGGUUUCUGUUAUGAUCCUCCUAUUCGGAGCUAUGAUAAUCGUAAGAAGGCGACAAAUGUUAUCGAAAAAGAAUUUAACUCCGAGUAGAUCGAACGGCGCAGUACUGGCAACACCGCUAGACGUCAAACACGAACCACCACUUUGGUUGAAUAAAGAGAAUUUGCCUGAAUAUUCCACCAACACUCUCCCGGAUUAUUCGAAAUUAACCCCACGCAGUUUCAAGAAAAAUGAUUACUUACUGAAUGGUAUAAAUCCUUACGGUAGCGUUAAUUUACGAUCGAAUCCUUUGAACCACGCCGAAUUCCCUCGUCCCGAUAAUCUACAAUAUAGUUCGGAAAAAUGUUACCCCGUGACUGGUAGAAAAUUUGACGAUUAUUUGAAUAUGCAAAUUCAAGAAUACGCCAGUCCGAAUGUCGAAUCUAAAGUAGCAGAUUAUGCGGAAGUCAACUCGAACUUAACAGCCAACAUCGAAGCCGUUUCACCAGCUCCUUAUGCCACAACCACUCUCGUAGGGAAACGAACCCAAUGGAAUAAUUUCAAUACGGACGUCGACGACGAAUGUCCAUAUCCGUCAGCGAACGGAGGCUAUUACAACAGAAAAGUUUAUUCAGAUUCGUAUUUUUCCCCUAUUCAAACCCUGAGGAGGAACCGGAACGGGAAGAAACUCGAACAAAAUCCACCGGACAUUGUUUCACCAUCUAGUUCGACAGGUCAACCCGUAUACGCUCGAGUAGGACCGCCGGGAUUAUCUUGGCGAAACGACGUGCCAUCUAUGAGUAGUUUUACGCCGCACAAACAAGUCUACCAUCACGGAUCUAGUAGAUCAGAACCGGGAAAUAUCUAAUUUUUUUUAUCAUUUAAAGCAAUUUUGUCAAAAAUCUUAAUAUAGCUCAAAUAUGGUAAAUCUGGUAUUAAAUGUUUCUACUUCCAUAUUUAGACUCGGUCGCGCAGAGCGAUUCCUACUUUACCGACGUGAGGCGCGGCAAUACAAAAUUAAAUAAAUACAUCGUUUCAUACGUCUACCAAUUUGAAGAAGUUCAAAAUGUUAAUUUUUAUCAUGAAACGGUUAAUAUUUGACAAAAUUGUUGUUGGAAAGACUGAUUUUUUCAUGUUCUUUUUAUUUGCUGAUUCUUUUAGGUCUAAUUUACUUAUUAAAUCUAGUCAUGUUCUUGUUACGAAACUAUGAAAUUGUAUAAAAAACAACUUGUUCGUCCAACACGCAUAAUUUUAAGUAUUUCUAGUAGAAUAAAAUUCAGUUUUUUUCACUAAAAAUAGUCUAAACAAUAAUUACAAUCUACAUCGUUUAAUCAAAUUGUUUUUCUUUAAUAAUUAGUUUCAAUAUAUAAUUUUGUUUUCAUAAGAAUUUGAAUUCAAAAUAUUUCCUAUUAAAAGAAAACUUUCAAUUAUGACAACACUGUUUAUCGCAGUGAAUAAGAUAAUGAAUCGUUACAGAACUUCAAGGUGCCAUUAAAUAUAGAGGUGGGAACUUCUACUUACAUUUAUGGCACUAUAAAUUACUAUUUCUAUAGGUUUCUGUUUUUUUUUUCAUUUUCUUCCAUAUUCAUUGAAUUUGCUCCAGUUUCUGAACUCAUUGAUUUUUAUAAGGUUUUCAUUUGCUUUUACUGUAUUUUCUUAUGAAUUUUCUUCAAUAUCUAUAGAUUUUGCUUCAGUUUUUCAUAAAUUUUCAUCAAUCUUCAUUGAUUUUUAUCAGAUUUUCAUCAGCUUGUUAAGUUUUCUGACGUUUUUAUGGCUUUUUCUUAGAUUUUCUCGUCAAUUUUCUUUAAUAUUCAUAGGUUUUGCUCCAGUUUUUCAUAAAUUUUUAUCGAACUCCAUCAAUUUCCUCCGGAUUUUCAUUUACCUAUCAAAUUUUCUGCGAUUUUCCACUAGAUUUCCAUUAAUUAUCUUCAAUUUUCAUAGUUUUUUUUAUUUUCAUAAAUAUUAUUUGAUCAGUAUUUAUUUUAAACGAUUUCCAUCGAUUCUCAUUCAUAAUUCUCAGUUAUUUCCUUUCAUAUUUUCAUCAAUAUCAAUAACUUCCAAAGAUAGAUAAAUUUAAUCGAAUUUUUUUAUACAAGUUGAAUUUAGAUUUUAAAAACAGUUAUUUUUUAACUCGUUUAGAAUUAAAAAGAAUUCCCAUCUCUAUCAUUCACACAUUCUACAGUUUCAUUUCAUAUUUCAAAAAAUAAACCUUUGUGCUACAAUGUGUAGAUGGCGUGACUAUUAUAAUGAAGGCUAUUUUAGUGAACAAAAGAAUAUACGUUAAGGAAUUAUGUAGAUAAUAUUUAGUGGUAUUAUUUUUAAUCUGGUCAUUUAUUUUGUACGCCUAAAUGAUUUCAGUAUCUGGUGUUUUUCGGCGCUAAUUGAAAAACCCCUGUAGAGUAAUUCGUCAAUUGUUAUACUUGACGUGAUUUAAAAGAUAAACUGAUUUCUAGUUUUUAUAUUAUGGUGUACAAAUAACAUAUCAAGCCUAGAAUUUAUGUGAUUUGUAAAAAUAUAUUUAAGGUAAACAUUUAGAAAGAGUGUUGCGACUUUUUUUGGUAUAUGAAUAUGAAAAAUUGAUUGCAACGAAGAUAUUCGAAAAUUAUCAGUACAUUCUAAAUAUUUGUUAAAUUUUAAUAGGAGCAUGUGGAAAUUAUGUAAAAUUUUUGGCAUAAACCAAUCGACAGAUAUCACCUUUUUAAUGAAUAUAGUAAAAGCGUUACCUUUUCUUAUGUUAUAAAUCUACAAAAUACAGUUACUUAACCUUGGCCUCACUACUAUAUAAAAUGGCUACUGCUACUUAAUUGUGUGAGAUAAUAUUUUCCAUAAAUUAUAAAUAUCAUAGUACCCUUUUUUAAUUCAUUUACAAAAAUGAAAUUAGCAUUAAUUUUUUGUUUUUCAAAUUUACGUAUUUUUUCUAACAAGGCCGAAAACAGAUCUGAUAACAGUACGUAUAUUAUCGACACAUGUACUCUUAGUCAUAAUGAAUCUGAAUUUAAUUCAUUGAAAAUGACAGCAAUCAGAAGAGUUCAAUAUGAAUAGAACCCAAUUUAAUGCUAUCUCUUUUUAACAUUAUGAGAUUAUAUCAAGGCAUCCAAAAGUACUUAGGUCAUUAGAAGAGGAUAGAAGGUGUAAAGUUUGUUGUGGAUCAAUUCGAUUUAAUUAAUUUUAUACUUUUAUAUGACGUUUGGAAAUUAGUUUAAAUAAUAACAAAUGUUUAGAUUGUUGUAAAUUGAAAGAAUUUCAUCGAUAAAGUAAAACAAUACUUUUUCUAUCGCAUUUUAAUAAGGAAUAUGUAAAAAAUGUAAAUUCUGUAAUGAUUAGAUAAUAGAAAAUGUAAAUUUCGCAUUGCUGUCUUCCUGUGUUUCAAACUAUUUCAUAUUACCAUUGAUUUAUAAACGCCAAAAAUGAAGUAGCCAUAAUAUUAGUAUUAAAAAUAGCUAAAUUAAAUAAAUAUCAAAGCAUCAAUGUAUUAUUUCUUUUUUUGAAUGAGAACUAAUUUUUUUGGAAAAAAAUAUGUAUCAAUUUUUUUUUGAAUCUAUGUUAGUCUGGUAAUAUCCCCAUGAUAUUUUUAUAACAAAAAAUCAUGUGCCAUCUUAAUUAUGUGUAAUUACGUAAAACAAUAACUAUAUACCUAUGUACAGUUAUGAAUAAAAAAUUGUAUACA